AUGAUAGAAGAAGAGGUUAUUAUAGAUAAAAAUAGCCAACAAGUAGUAGAUACUGCUGCGGUGAAAAAGGCAACAAAGGAUAAAAAGAAGGCUGUAAAGAAAGAAGAGGCUGACAAAGAUGUACAGCAAGAAAAAAAGACCAAGAAGCUUUUCAAGAAGAAGAAGAACAAAGAUACGGUGGAUCCCAUAGAAACAAAAAAGAAUCGAUCCAAACCAAAAAAGAAGAGCGAUGACAAGAAACCGACUGCGGUAGAACAUGCUGCGGUGUUGGAUGGUGCUGAGUCUUCAGCCAUCAUCACGACUCUAGAUUAUGAAGAGGAAGAAAAUGUGGAGGGUGAGAUAGAGGUGUUUGAUUACCAUGAGCUUGAGGAAGCGCUGGGUGGACCUGUGAAGCUUCAUGAUCUUCCUUCCAUUCAGUUUGCUCCAGAAGCGAAAAAGAAAAAGUCAAAGCCCAUCAUGCAAAAAAGUCGUUCAGCUCCUUCAGAAUCUAGUAUCAAGAAUCCAUCAGCCAAGAACGGAAAGUAUAGUGCAGUGCCUCCUCCCCAGUCCUUAUUGUCAUCUGGAAAGCCUGUAAAGAGUCAAAAAGUGCAUACCCACGAUCAUCAGGAAAAGAAGAAAAAGCAAGACAAGGACCAUGUGCAUGAAUCUGAGUCUGUGAAGCCAUCUGCUAUCAAGAAGAAGGCAAAAAAGAUCAAAACAGAGGAAGUCGAGUUUAAGGUUUCGACACCUAGUGUCAAAUUGCCUGCUAAAAAGGAAAAGGGGGUGAGCACAGAUCAAAAGCCAAGAUCAACCAAAUCAUCGGGUUUCCCAAAGAGGCAACUUGGAGAGGAUGUAAAGCCUAUGGUAUUAGCGAAAAAGGAAGGAAAGAACAUGACUAAGAACCUGAAUGAAGAGCAAAAGAAGGAGUUGCUAACUGUCGAUUAUUGCCACCCUUAUGACGUUUUGUAUGGACGUAAAAGCCGCAUGCGAUUCGAACGUUACUUGGAUCCUAAAAUCUGCGAAAAGAGAGUCAAGGAAAAGGAGACAAACCUCUAUAAAGGGAUCCUUCGCAUCAACAAGCGUAAUCGUACCGAUGCCUAUGUUACAACGGAUAAGUUAGAGUCAGACAUCUUUAUUUUUGGACUGCGUGAUCGUAACCGCGCUUUAGAAGGAGAUACAGUCUUUGUAGAAUUAGUCGAUGUGGAUGUCGUGUGGACAAAAAAGAAAGAUGGCAUGGCACGUAAAAAGGAUGAGGGUGAUUCAGUCAUUAUUGAUGAAAAGUCAAAGCCAAAAUAUGCUGGCAAAGUGGUCUGUGUUCAAAGUGUGCGUAAAGAUCGCCUGUUUUCCGGUACGAUAUCGAUUCAACGAGCAUCCAAUGGAACAGGUGCAGUUGCAAAUGGUAAUGCUGCAGAAGAAGAUACUGAUAUAGAAGCAGUAAAUGAAUUGGUGGAUGAAGAUGAAGGGCAAGAGACGGUAGAGGGCUCUCGGUCUUCAAACAGCGAUAAAGAAAUAGAAUCCAAGAAGGGCAACAAUCAUGUACGCGUCGUAUGGUUUAAGCCGCUCGACAAACGCGCUCCAUUGAUUAUGAUUCCAAUUAAGAAUGCUCCUUAUGAUAUCCUGGAUAAUGAAGCCAAGUAUGCAAAUCUUAUCGUUGUCGUCAAGAUCACUCGAUGGCCAAUUGACUCGUUAAAUCCUAUUGGCGCAUUUGUUCGUGAGUUAGGUCAUAUUGGUAAUAUUCCAGCAGAGACAGAAGCUAUAUUGGCGGACAAUGGUAUUUCAGAACUUCCUUUCAGUAAAAAGGCGCUCAGUGGGUUACCUCCUACACCUUGGUCCAUUGAACAAUCCGAGAUUGAUAAAAGACGCGAUUUACGCACAACACGUAUAUUCACAAUCGAUCCUGCUACAGCCAAAGAUCUUGACGACGCUGUUCAUGUCACUCAGUUGGAUAAAGAUGAUUUUGAAGUGGGUGUUCAUAUCGCGGAUGUAUCUCAUUUCGUAAAGCAGCACACUGCUUUGGAUCAUGAAGCGUUUGACAGAGGAACGAGUACUUAUCUCUGUGACCGUGUGAUUCCGAUGCUUCCCUCUCUCCUAUGUGAGGAGCUCUGUAGUUUAAACCCAGGCGUCGAUCGACUUGCAUUCUCUGUUAUUUGGAAGAUGGACGGUGCUGGUAACGUGAAAGAGACCUGGUUUGGCAAAACUAUCAUUCGAUCUUGUGCCAAAUUAGCCUAUGACGAUGCUCAAAGUGUCAUCGAAGGACAUGGUUUACCAAAGACGGUGAUUAUCCGAGACGAUCACAAGGUAUCCGACGUAGAACAAGAUAUUCUCUAUCUGUUCGAAAUGUCCAAAAAGAUGCGUGAGCGUCGAUUUGCGAAUGGCGCAUUAUCCAUCAAUUCCAUCCGCCUUUCGUUCAAGCUAAAUGACAUUGGCGAGCCUUGUGAGGUUUCUAUUUAUGAGCAAAAAGAUGCGAAUAGACUGAUUGAGGAAUUUAUGUUGCGUGCCAACAUGAGUGUUGCUGAAAAGAUUCGUGAGCAUUAUCCAAAUGAAGCACUUCUUCGUCAGCACUCUCCUCCUCAUGAAAAGAGCUUGAAUGAAUUCUUGAGAAUUGUUGACAGCUUAGGUUACAAGUUUGACGGAUCAACUGCAGGCAGCCUUCAAGAAUCAUUUAAUUCUAUUGAAUCCGAAGAUAUCAAGUCAGUUUUGAAGCUUUUGGCGGUAAAACCAAUGCAGAGAGCCAAAUACUUUUGUACGGGAUCCUUUGAAGAUAUCAACAGAUUCAGACAUUAUGCUCUCAAUGUGCCGUACUAUACGCACUUUACUUCUCCCAUUCGACGAUUUGCAGAUAUCGUUGUCCAUAGACAGUUAGAAGCCGCACUUGCCAACAAAAAGUCAUGUGGCUAUAAAAAGGCUGCUGUUCAAAAGGCAGCUGGACAUUGUAACGAGCGAAAGGAGGGAGCCAAGAACUCGCAAGAUAUGAACUUGCAAUUAUAUCUCUAUCACUAUCUUUACAACUUGGAGAAGGAAACCAAGAAGCCUGUUAUCUGUACUGCUAUUGUGACUCAAGUGCUGAAGGAUGCUAUUGAUAUACUUGUUCCUGAAUACGGACUUGAAAAGCGCCUUCAUGUAGACGCGAUACCCAUCGAAAGAUACGUCUUUGAUGGAAAUAAGACCACCUUGUCUGUUUAUUGGAAAGAAGGUGUUGAUUCAAGCUGGGAAUGGGAUCAAAAGCGAAGAAGUGAUCAAGAUUUUGUAGAACCCGUGGGCACGCAGAUCGAGUUAGACGAUGAGCAAGAUAAUGAUGAUGAGAAUAAUGAAGUAGUGACAGUAAAGAUUCCAGAAGAGCUGUUAGAAGAAAAUACAUUGGAUAAAGAAACAAGGAUGCAAACAUUCAAGACAUUUUCAAAGUUGAAUGUUAGAAUUCAAGUGAAUGUAGAAAGAUCUCCGCCUAUUGUAAACAUUUACCCAAUUAACCCCUUCAUGUAA